AUGGCUUGCUUAGAACAUGAAGAUAUCAAACGAUUCAGUUUAAUAAAGAAACGAAGCCCUCAGAGAAAUUUAAGGGAAGGAAUUGAAAUGGAAACUAAGAAAGAUAAAAAAUAUUUGCCCGACUUACCAGAAGGACGAUGCGUACCGGGUAAAUUAUAUAAUAAGGAAUGCCAAAAGUGCUACUGCAAUUAUAAUGGAAAACCUUUGUGUAAUCCAUCAAAGCCAGCAAAAUGUAAAGAACCGCCAAAAAUAACGGAUGUCUCCACACCAAUCGAUGUGAGCCCACCAAUCACAAACAAGGAGUUCUGGCAGCUGCCAAUCCUACCGCAUUCUGCUGCGAAAUGCCAAUCUGGCAAAAUGUACCUGAUAGACUGCAACACUUGCCUUUGCUUAGACAACGGCAACCUCUUGUGUGAAACAUUGUUGUGCCUCAACAAAGAUGAAGAGAACGCUAUAAAGGCGAAAAAGUGGUCAGGGGUAAAAUGUAAAAAUGCCGACGAAACUCUCUCCGACCGUUGCAUUCGUUGCGACUGCAAUAACAACAUCACAGAAUGUCGGCCAGUGCUUGGCUGUGCGAUGCCAGCCCUGAUGAAGUUACAUGGCAACACCAAGAUGCGCCUCAAUCUUGAUGUCAAGAAGGAAAAGUGUAAACCAGGCGCAGUCUACAAAACUGACUGCAACCACUGUUACUGUCAGCCGGAUCUGUCACUGCGAUGCACGCAGAAGUCCUGCCUCAACUAUCGACAGGCCCUAAAGUUAAAGAACCUACGCUCCUAUCUUCAAAAACAUGGCCUCUAUGUCCCAGUGAUGUUGAGAAUGAAUAAAUUGGAGACCAGAACAUUAUCGUGUCAACCUAACAUAACAUAUGUGAACGGCUUAGAAGCUUGUGUGUGUACGAAAACAGGUCAUUGGCCUAGUGAAAAUUGUACAUUUCUUUUUGAAAAAAUUUACAAUGACACAGUUUUCAAAGGCAAAUGUAAAGAGGACUCUCAUGUAAGAGUCCAUUGCAAUAUAUGUCAAUGUAGUAACAGAGGAGAAAUAAACUUUAACAGAUGUACUCGACACACAUGUGAAAAUGGUAACGUAUUGAACAAUACUCGAAAAUCCAUAGAAUCGAUACCAGGCAAAUGUAGUCCUAAAACAUGGUAUUCUUUCGCACCUUGCCAAUUAUGUUAUUGUGUUAACGAAAAUAAAUUAGUAUGUAAUCCAGCAAAUAAACAUUUAGAAAAGCUUAUAUUGGGCAAAUACAGUUUCUCUGUCUGUGGUGAUAUGUUCUUGAAGGACACUAUUGAUUUAAUACCAUUCACAGGUAAAUUAUUAAGAUUAGGAGCUAAAAACUUUGAGCAGAAUAAUACGCUCGAAAUUAAAUAUGCCCCUGUACCCGUUCCUCCUGAAUACAAUGACGUGCAAAACGAAGAAACAAUGAAUGCACAAAGAAUGUAUGUAGAUAGAAGUUCUGACUCAAAUUCUAUUGAACCUGAAGACGAUGAUAUGAAUUUGAGUAGUUUUAAUACUGGAACACGAAUGCCAGAAUUAGAUAGGAUAUCUUCUGAGGAACAUGUAAACAUUCACAAGCAAAAGAGCGAAGAAAUUAAUUCUGAAGUUGAUACUCCAGUUAAGAAGAAACAAAAAAAAGUUAUCAGCAAUAAAUUUGAAAAUAAAGCUGAAGUACCUUCAAAAGUUGGUUUGAGAAAUCAAGACACAAAGUCGGGAGAGACAUUUUACCGUGAAUUUAAUUUGUCGGAUAUUUUUAAGAAAUUUUUGGGGCUUCAGAAAUCACCAACAAGGAGAGCGGUUUCAUUAGACUCACGUAGCGCUUGCAAGCCUGGUACAGAAAUCGUUAAAGACUGCAACAUGUGUUACUGCAUGAGAAAUGGUAAUUUACUGUGUACGAAGAAAUUAUGUAUCUAA